AUGACCCACGAACUCCAAGUAAUCGCCCUCGCCGGCGGCAAGGGGGAUCUCGGCCAGUACCUGCAGGAAGCCCUAAGCCAAGAUCCCCGCUACAGCCUGGUGAUCCUCACGCGUCAGAUCAACCCCUCCACCCUCAAAUCCCCCCACACAGACACAAACACAAACACCACCACCAUACCAACCGACUACACCCUCUCCUCCCUCCUCAGCAUCCUCACCACCACCCAAGCCACCACCCUGAUCUCCCUCAUCCGCUGCCCAGAUGCCGACUACCUCCCCCUCCACACCAGUCUCCUCGAGGCCGCCCGCCUCACGCAGAGUUGCACCCGCUUCAUCCCCUCGGAAUGGGCGGGGGAUAUCGCAUCCUUCCCGGAUCUUUCGCGAGCGUACGCCCGGACCCGGGCGCCUCUCCGCGGACUGCUCGCGAACCAGCCCUGUCCUAAGGUAGAGUACACGCUGUUCAACCACGGGUGGUGCAUGGAGUUUUCCUGCCCGAGACAAAGUCGUAUCGACGAUUGGGGGACGUUCAAUCAGAUGGCGGAGACAUUGGAGCGCUUCUACGACCAGCCGGAGAGUCUGGAGCUGGCGAUCGCCGAGGCAGAGGAAUGGACGGUCAGCGGAGCGACAGCCUGCCCUAAAGAGAAGACCUUGUGGCAGCGGGAGACGUACUUCGCUGGGAUGCAGUUCACCACAGUGAAGCAGUUGCUGCAGCAGGCUGAGAGGGAGGAGCGGGUUUGAGAGCAGACUAGGUCACUGCGAUCGUCACUUUACUGUGGGCAGAUGAAGUUAUUCAACAGCGUAGCACGAAUCUAUUCUCUGCUUACCCCCCGCCUCACCAAACAUGACCCUUGUA